GCUAUUUUGCAUCUCCCAAGGAACAAAAACGCAGAAAAGCAUCAAACAUCAUGAAGAAAAUUUGUAAUUUUUCUAAACACCCUUACUGCAUUGAUUUAUAUUUGGAUGAAGUCGAAACUUUCGUGACAUAUUCUUUCACCAACACUAGAAAAUGUAAUAACCGGUCCAGUUACGAACCUAAUCAUAGAAAGAUGAGGUCUUCCAUACUCUACGAUGCAGAUUCCAGGCUUAUUCUUAAAUUUGGAGUCGAGGCAGAUAAGGAGAGACAUCGAUCCCAAGACAAUAAAAACAUUUUUUAUGUAGAUAAUGUUUUUAUGCAUUUGGACAGUGUCUACUCAAGAUCAAAACAAAAGAAAUACAAAAAUGAUAUACAUGACCUAAUGAUACAAGAAGGUGUCGUUCUGUUUCUGAAACAACUACACGAAGGUUUUUCGCUUGGAAGGCUUACAACCCAUAUUACCGAUUUAGAUUAUCACUUCGCAAUCACUAUCCCGACACAUUGGAAUGAGACCAUUCGAGAAGUGCAUUUACGUGAGCUGUUUAUCAAAGCUGGUCUAGUCAGUAAAGAAGAUCAUUCUGAUAGAUUAUUAAUAUUUACGCGACUAGAAUCGAGAUUCCGCUAUCUUCAGUCCCUUAAACACGAAAGCAGUCAAAUGAGUUCCAAAAUUAGAUACGGGAGACUAUAUACGAUGUAUGCCAUAAAAGUUAUCGACAGCAAAAUUAUUGUCGCACUUGAUUUGUUUUCAGCCCAAUAUCCUUCAGUCCCAGCAUUUGACGAUUAUUACCUCGCUAAAUCAAUCAAAUCAAUUUACUUUACUAUUCCUGUAUAUCCCAAAAGAAGUUUUAGUAAGCAUACAAUAGUCAAUGCAAGUUAUCGUCUUUUAAGCAAUACAUUUUAGUCCAUAAAUCAUGCAAUAGGAUUGAUGAUGCCACAAAUUGCUAUACUGAACCCAUUACAAAGGAGGAACUUAUUUUAAUCAAGAGGCGUUUUGAAAUCGAACUACGCAGUUUGUCAGAGUGUAGUGCAGGGAAAAGCUGUACGACAUUUUUAAUAACAACUGGAUUAGAUGUUAGCUAUUACGAAGACUUCUAUUAUAAUCUUGUAGUAAAUUUAAUUGAAUGGAUUCAAGUCUUCGACACAAAAAAACUAAAGAAUACGUUGAUGACGUUUGGAAAA